UGUUAAUGGGAGGCAUUAAUGUUAUGAAGAAUCGAGAGACAGGGUGUAGUAGUGCAAUUUUGCUGGGUCCCAGCCCAUAGCGUUGAGUGUAGAGGUGGAUCAAAUGAAAAGGAAUAUUCCUAGUGUUUGACAACUGCCGUUUGGUGAAGCGUAGACCCAGUGGCAAUGGCGCAACUGAGAAUACCGUCUGUCUUGUUGAGCUUUGACAGAGAGUUUUUUCCCGAUAGUCAGGUUAGGUUAUAUUUGCUAUUCUGUCAGGUCCUAUGUUCCGAACCCGCUACGGUGCUUUAGGUUCCCACAAUGUGAGAAAUGUGCAGGAGGGCAUAGUCAGAGGAACAUUACAGUUGGAAUGAAAAAGCACUGUGUGUCAACUGUUGGUGUGCCCAUGAAGCUGGGGAUCCAAAGUGCCCUGUGAGAGAGAGACAGGUUGAGAUUACCAGAGUUUGAGAGGGCACGUUUCCUAUGCUGCGGCAGUGAAGAGAGUAGAGGACUGAAAUGUGACCGAAAUGUGCAAUUCGCACUCUGACCUGCGAAAGACAGCAACAUGCAACACAGCGUCUAGUCUGCCGGAAAGCCACAACAAGAAGAAAGAGUGUCGCCAUAGUUAUAAACUGUAUAUCACAAGUCUAAAAAACUGGACAUUAUUGUGGCUGCAGCAGAAAAGUUUUUGAGACCUAAGGAUUUUACAUUUGAAGACCGGAAAAAACCGCACUCCCAGGUUCCCCUUGAGCCUGUGUAGGUAUCAGAUCUGUUUUAUUUAUUUUUAACAGAAGGGGAAUCCUGUUUCCAUCCCGCAUWAUAGAUGGCGGGAUGCACAUUACAUUCUGUGAUCGUCAAUAAUAUACCAUAGAAGAAGAGAAGGAGUGUUCAUGUUUACAUCGAAACCAGUUUAGAUAUUUGUGUUAUCAUCGCAUACUGUACGUUUAUUACUGAUGAUCCAGCAGUUGUAUUUUUCUGCAAAGGCGAAGAAGUAACGACCACGUCAAAAAGAACGAAGCCUACUUGCCAUCUAACGGUAGCUAGGCUGAAGGUACGCCUGAGGGUGGAGACGAUCGGGUGCCUAGAGGUGUACUUUGACACUAGGCCAACCUGGGCAGAACGCAUCGAGAGACUGGUGAGAAAGUGUACGAGGGUUCUAAAUGUGAUACGCCGGCAGACAGGGAUAGAGUGGGGUCUGGACGUUCCUCACUUAGGACCAUGUAUGUAUUUGUGGGGUAACCAGUUCAAAAGAGCAAUUGAAUAGAUGUGAAAAUAAUGUGUUAAAUUGAGUUUGUUAUGUCACAAAAAAGACAGUAGCUUUGGUUGAUGUUGCUCUGAACAAAACCCACAUUCUUGUGUCCUGGGAAACUGUUUUCACCCAACAAUUAGGCCUAGCCUGUGUCAUCUUUCUGGUUUCCAGAUGUCCAUAUGGAUUUUCACCCCAACAACAACGUUCAGUGUUACAUAACAAUAUUAAUUGUUUCAGAUUCCUGCCUGACUGAGGAGAGUCAGAACGUCCAAAACGCUGAAUAAUCCUGUAUUAGGAUUUCCAGUGUCCAGAUGGUGUGGGUGUUCCUCAUGAACCGCAUGGGGUCUCAGGGCAGCACAGUGGCCCAGCGGAGACGCAUGGCCCUGGGGGUGGUCAUCCUCCUGCUGGUGGACAUCAUCUGGGUGGCCUCCUCUGAGCUCACCUCAUACAUAUUCAAGCGGCAGGAGUACAACAAGCCCUUCUUCAGCACGUUCACCAAGACCUCCAUGUUUGUGCUGUACCUGCUGGGGUUCCUGCUGUGGCGGCCAUGGAGGCAGCAGUGCACGGGCAGUCUCCAGGGACGACACGCAGCCUUUUUUGCUGAUGCCGAGGCCUACUUUACCCCCUGUAUCAACGACACCAGUUUGAAUGACCAUACCCUAAGUGAACCCUUGUAUGUUCCAGUGAAGUUUCAGGACCUUCCGGCUGAACAUACAAACUGUGCCAUUGGAGAUUGUGAUUCCACCUCUAAAAAGCAACGGGUGCGCUUCAGCAACAUCCUGGAGGUGCGCCAGCUCCCGUCCACACAGGCCCUGGAGGCCAAGCUGUCGCGCAUGUCCUACCCCGCRGCCAAGGACCACGAGUCCAUGCUCCGCACGGUGGGAAAGCUCACCGUCACCGACGUGGCCAAGAUCAGCUUCUUCUUCUGCUUUGUGUGGUUCCUAGCAAACCUCUCCUACCAAGAGGCCCUGUCGGACACGCAGGUUGCCAUAGUGAACAUUCUGUCCUCCACUUCAGGUCUCUUCACCCUCAUCCUGGCGGCCAUAUUUCCCAGUAAUAGCAGCGACCGCUUUACUCUGUCCAAGCUCUUAGCUGUGGCUCUGAGCAUGGGAGGAGUGGUUCUGGUCAGUUUCUCCAGCAUGGACAGCCCUGACGGAAAAGGCACUAUAGGCUCUCUGUGGUCAUUGGCUGGGGCUGCUCUGUACGCAGUCUACAUCGUCAUGAUCAAGAGGAAGGUGGACCGGGAAGACAAGCUGGACAUCCCCAUGUUCUUUGGGUUUGUGGGUUUGUUCAACCUGCUCCUCCUGUGGCCAGGGUUCCUUGUGCUUCACUACACAGGCUUCGAGGCCUUUGAGCUGCCCAGCAAGCUAGUGUGGAUCUACAUCCUCAUCAACGGCCUCAUCGGUACCGUGCUCUCCGAGUUCCUCUGGCUCUGGGGCUGCUUUCUCACCUCCUCCCUAAUAGGCACACUGGCCCUCAGCCUCACUAUCCCACUCUCCAUCAUAGCAGACAUAUGCAUGCAGAAGGUGCGUUUCUCCUGGCUGUUUUUCGCUGGAGCYGUUCCCGUCUUCCUCUCCUUCUUCAUCGCCACUCUGUUAUGCCACUACAACAACUGGGACCCCGUCAUGGUGGCGCUACGAAGAGUGUUUGCCUUCAUAUGCCGCUCGAAACACCGGAUUCAAAGAUUGCCAGAAGACUGRGAACAGUGUGAAAGCCUUAUUCCCUUACACACGGUCUCCCAUGACGAUGAAAGCUUCUGCUCGUGAUGCACCAGCCAAUCACAAGAUGGUGAAUACGGCGCAGAGCAGCGUGCGGAAGGUGAAGUGACAAUCUCAAAACGACCAAACAGAGACCUUACCCCCAGUGCCUCUCGUUCAACCUAUAUAUUCUCUGCAGUGUGGAGAUGACCGAUCCAUCUCUACAAGAUUAACUCUUUUUUUCCUUUGUACAACGUUGACUCGUCGUCGACUGAGAUCGUGUGUGUUUUGCUACAUCGGAUUUCGUUGUGUAAAAAGAAAAACUUUAUGGUACUGAAAGUGCCAGCCUUUUAUCAAUGGCUCAUACCACUUGAAAUGGUACACGUUUAAAUAAUGGGACAGAGGCUUCAGUCAAGCCAUAAGGAGAAAAGCAAGGGUAUUGUCUUUGUUGCGAGGAGAAAAGUGCUCUGAUUGGCUAAUGUAGAUGUAUCCUCUUGUUGGUUUUCUAUCGCCUCACUGCUUGUUCACAGGUGUGGGUUUGGAGCAUGCACAAUUCAGACCUGUUAAUCUAGAAAUAGUAUGGGUGGGAAAAAAGUUGGUCAUGCACUUCAUUAUCAGGCUGUUUAGGUGAUUUACGAAUCUGAUUUACAGAUCUGUCCAUAUUCAUCAAUGGUCUCAGAGUAGGAGUAUUGAUAUAGGAUUUGUUUAGCCUUUUAGAUCAUAAUGACUAUGAUUAUAUGGACACAGAGGACCUGCACUAUAUCAGCACUGGUACUUAAGGACACUUUUUUUAAUACAGGCCCAUUUGUGCAGUGCCUGCUCAGAAUCACUGUGAACAAGCAGUAUCUGAAGUUUGAGAUUAGAAGAGAGCUGAGCACAGCUGUUGACUACAGCCUUUGAUUUCUCCCCCAUACUCUACAUCCCUCCAUCUCUGGCCCCUGGCAGCCAGGCAAUGCUGGAUCAUGAAGGAAGUCUGUGAUGAAGACGUUUGUAUGCGUUUUAAUGUGAACUAAGACUAACCCCUCAACUAAACUAAGCUACAAUACAAAAGUUAUAAUGCUGCUGCCUUUUCAACUGAAAACAGUUGCCAUCUCCAAACAGGUGUAAAUACUGUACUAUGCCAUGAAAUGCAAAUAAAUUGUUACUUUAGUUUGUAUUUCACAUAAUGACCCUUCUAUACAAAUAAUAUCUUAGAUGUUUUACUCCACUUGUUUUUGUAAAUCUUAACUAUGUUAUGACACUAAAAAAGGUGGCAUGGAUUUAAGACAGACCAAGUAAAUAUAUUUUGCAGUAUGUUUUACAAAAGCACUAUUUACCAUCCAAUUAAGUUCCCUUAGUCUUAAUAGAGACCAUUACCUAAUAAUGAACUGUUGUAUCAUUUCUACCACUCCUCGGUGGGCAUUAGGAGCCAUGAAUGGAGACUUGAUCUGAUUUGAUUAUCUUUCAACAAUUAUGUUUAUUGGUAAAAUGUAUGCCAUGAUAAUGUUUGUAUGUCCAACAAUUGUACUUUAGACACAUUUUGUUUGAUCAGCACAUACAAUGCAAAUCAAUCACCCACUCACUCUUAUUUUGAUGCUGAUUUAAUUUGAUGAGUAAAAAGCAUAUUUUUUUUUUUUUUUUUGUCUCUGUAACCCUUGAUGUACACCAUGACAAGGUGCAUGUUAUCAAUAUUUUUCCAUCAGCUGUCAACCUGUGUACAGAACUUUAUGGAGUGUUUGCCCAGUGCUCGUGUGGAUAGGACUUAUUUUAUGACUAGAGAUAACUGCAGGAAGUAAUUACUUGCCCUGUAAACUGUAAAAAAGUUCAGCCCCUCGAGCCAUCUUUAACUUUGUCUAACUCACAGUUUUUACAUUCACAUUGUCAAAAAAAAUAUAUAUAUCUUAGCCAAUAGCGUUUAUCACCAUCAGCUAUGAUUAAUGCACAAAGGAAGUCAGCUGUGAGAUGUAUUUUGUUGUUUAAUUCAUGGGGUUCCUGUAGUCUAUUUAUAUUUGCAAAAAAAAACAGGAACUCUGAAACUACAUCCUAUGAAAAUUGGUAAGCUAAAAUGUAGAUAUGAAACAAAUGAUCAUAUGCCCCAUAUCAUCCAUUUAUGGAGUUUCUUAUCGAUGGGCAGGGUACCAGCUACAUAAGUGCAUUGUUUGUAAUUUUUUCAAAACUCAUGUUUUUAAAAUGUGUGUGUUUUCAAAAAUGCAACAAAAAAAAUUCAAUGGUGCUUACGGAAUGUGCGUAUAUCGUAUGAAGUAAUUCUUUUUCUCUCUCAGGUACUUUUACUUUAUUCUCCUUUGUCCAAUCAGAUUUUGUUUUGAUAAUGUCCCUUCCUUUAUUAAUGGAUCUCUUUUUAAAAGAUGUAUACUGAUUUAUAAAAGUGUGAUUAUCGUAGUUUACUGUAUCAUCACAAGUUCUUUUAAUGGGAAGAUUCACCCAUUUUGAAUGUUUUAUCGUUUUUGUGCGUCUCUGAGCGAUGUUCUAUUUAUUCCUGGGAUCAUGCACAAAAACAAUGUUAAAAAUAAAAAAUAAAAAUAAAAAAAUGGGUGAAGGAGAAUCUUUCCUUAGUCUUUGUUGUUCCGUAAGUCCCUUUUCAAUGUUAUGCUGCACUAUUAAAAUGAUGUGAAGAUGUAUUUUCA